CCCGGCGGGGAGCAGCGGCGGGGCGGAGCGGGGCGGGGAGCGAGGCCCGCCCGCCCGGCAGUGCUGGCCUUGGCGGGAGCGGGAGCGGUGGGGCUGGCGGGCAUGGCGGGCAUGGCGGGCAUGGCGGGCAUGGCGGCGCGGCCCCUGGGCGCGGCGGAGCCGCUGUCGCUGGACUCGCUGCGGGGGAAGGUGCUGCUGGUGGCCAACGUGGCGUCGCUCUGAGGCACCACCACCCGCGACUUCCUGCAGCUCAACGAGCUGCAGCGGCGCUACGGCCCCCGCGGGCUGCAGGUCCUCGGCUUCCCCUGCAACCAGUUCGGGCACCAGGAAAAUGCUACGAACGAGGAGAUCCUGCUCUCGCUGGAGCACGUUCGUCCCGGCAACGGGUACAAGCCCAAUUUCAUCAUGUUCGAGAAGUGCGAGGUGAACGGGAAGAACGCGCACCCCCUGUUCACCUUCCUGAAAGAGGCGCUGCCCUUCCCGCACGACGACCCCUCCUCGCUGAUGACCAACCCGCAGUACAUCAUCUGGUCCCCGGUCUGCCGCAACGACAUCUCCUGGAACUUCGAGAAGUUCCUCAUCGGCCCUGACGGCGUGCCCUUCAAACGCUACAGCCGGCAUUUUGAAACCAUCAAGAUCCAGCAUGAUAUUGAAUUGCUUCUGCAGAAGGUUGCCAAGAAUGUUGUUGAAUAAAGUGCAGUGCCGCAGCGUUCGCUGCCCGGCCCCCUUGCUUUCUGCUCAGCUCGUUGCGCUCCUGCCUGUUUUUCUCGCAGGGGGCUGCUGCUCUGGCAGAAAUCCCAAUGUCUUGUGCAGGUUUUGUUUAUGAUAGUGCAUCUUCCAAAUUCCUGAAGUGUACUUGAUGUUUUUCAAAAGUUGCAUGAGAAUGUUUGGGAAACUAUGCUGGGGCAAGCUGCCGUGAGUCUCAGUAGCUUACUGUGAUUCUCUGAAUAAAUUAAAAAAAAGUAUACUUUC